UCGGAUGCGCUUGCAGUUUGGCGCGGUUGUGCGUAUAUUACCUGAUUUACCUUCUUCGCUUCUGACUAAUCGCAAGUUGUCUUGUUUUUUUUAAAAAUAAAUCCAAAGUGCUCUCGAAUUGUUAUUGUUUGGGUUUCCGAAGUACGACGCACCAUCUGUGCCUUGUCCAUCAUCGGAAUCCGUCUGCCAGCAUCGCGACUGUGACGGUGGCGGAAGAAAUUUAUAGCGUCGCGACGCGACGCUCAUAGCGUAGCACAUGGCCAGUCUGUUUUUAGUAGGUAGUUAGUAACUGGAUCUCAAGUCGCAAGCAGACAUUCUGUCACUACACCCGUUUAGCACGCUCAGACUGUACGUCGUUUUGGGAAGAAAGAAACCGAUACCAGUUUAGUGUAGUGGAAUUUGUGCCGGACCCGAAUUACUCCACGAACAAUUAGCUAAGUAGUGAGUCAAGAAGUGUGAGAAGUGGCUCGCCGUAACGAUUUUACAAUUUGUUUUGGUUAUUCUUAUGGUGCGGACCAUUGCCCGGGCGUGCGCGGAACAAAGCAUCACGAGCCGGGUGCGAGUGCCGUGAAUUUCGUAAGCGCAAAUUUGAACUUUUCGGCAGAUUUGCAUCGCAUUUGCACUUCUAGUAGGAGGGCCAUCAUCUCAUCUGGUUAGGCGAGGAGUGCUUCUUUUUCUCCAUUCACGGCUAUGGCUGGAGAGGAUUACGGCAUCGUGGGCGAACACGUUGGAGGGCCACCGAACGGCGAGCUGUCCGAUGUGUACGAGGUGCUAAGCAAUGCGGUCGACCGAGUGGGAGAGGAAUUCAGCCUAAAUGAUCAGCUGUUGGAGAGUUGGCCGGAAGGAUUGGCACUGUACGUGUAUAUCGGUUUUGUCGUAGGCGGCGGAAUUUUACUUAAUUUGAUACUGAUCAAAGGAAUUCUGCAGGCUAAAUACAGUGGUGCCUUAUACUUCGUUCUUCAAAUAGCUGUACUGGACAUCUGCAGCCUUCUACUCAGCAUCUGGGAACUUUUCUAUAUCGCCCAUCAGCAGUGGAUCUUCGAAUCGGAACACUGCACAUUUUACAUCGGCUUCGAAUCGUUCACGAACAUUGCAAUCGUGUAUUUCAUCAUUGGACUCAAUUUUCAUUCGAUCUCAACGUAUAACCUCGCCCAGCAGAUUUCGACAAUCGAUGAGCAGCUGGCGUGUCCUUAUCAGGAUAGUGAGAGCAAUUCCGACUACAUGACCACCGAGGAGAACAAUUACGAAGUAGCAACGGAGAAUAUUAUCCAGAAACGAUCACUCACAAUCGAUUACCGACAUCGAAAGACCAACGUUUCCGUUAUGUGGCCAGUUCUGCUGAUUUGGUUCAUCGCUAUGUCCGAAUCGCUGCCACUGUUUCUAUUCUCCGAUGUGGUUUCAACUGAUGAAGAUGUCAAGUUCUGCACGGUUCUAAUCAACGAUCGCACCAAUCACUACAUUAUUCAGUGGCUUGUGAUCCUAAUACGUAUUGCAGUGCCAACGAUCGCGCUAGCGGUAACCAUCGCAAUGACCGUGUUUAAGUUCUACCAGGGACGAAGAUUUUUGCAGCCCAGUGCAAUUGACGAGAAUGUAGCGUUCAUACUGAAGGUGGCCAUCUUCCUGUCCAUAACCUAUGCCAUUUUCUCCAUGCAGAGAUUGUAUGGAUCACUACUGUUCGAAGUGCUCUCGAAACCAAUACUCAGGCAUAAGUAUCCAGCAUUCGACAAACGCUCGGGACUGAUUUUUACAUUUUUACACUACUUUUUGUCGUUCUUGCGGCCACUAGUCGUAAUAAUAUUGUGUAAGUUAAAGCAUAAUCAUGUAGAUAUCAGUUUUAUAUACAAAGGAAAGCAGAAGAUUCCAGACUUAUCGUAAGAUGCAAUAAAAGAACAUUUUCAUAAACAAUACUUUCAUUUGAAAAAUUGUGCAUUAUAGUGUAA